CCAUACUAAAGUUGUGUGGUCGCCGCCACACCUGAACACACGCGGACAUUGUUUACAAAUUAUCUCCGAACGCGAUUAUGAUUACUGUAAAUUAUUAAAAAUAUUAAUAGCGCGAUCUAAGGUUUCAUUUGUUUCGAAAGUGUGAAACAAUCAUUGUGAAUAUGUUGGGCAAGAAUGCGAAGAUAUUUUUUUUGGGGUCGGUGUGCCUUCUAAUUGCUUCUAUUAUUUUGGCGGCUUGGGGCUUCCCAAAGAUUGUGGGCCUUCAGAUCCAAAAAAGUGUCCAGAUUGAGAACUCCUCAUUAAUGUUCGAGAAAUGGCGGAAGUUACCGAUGCCGUUGACAUUCAACGUUUAUUUGUUUAACGUGACGAAUGUUCAAGAUAUUAACUCUGGGAUGAAGCCACUCUUACAAGAAGUCGGUCCAUUUGUGUACAAAGAAUAUCGAGAGAGAACUAUUCUGGGUUACGGAGAGAAUGACACUGUCAGAUAUACCUUAAAGAAAACUUUCGUGUUCGACAAGGAAGCUUCUGGAAACCUCACUGAUGAUGUAGAGCUCACGGUCAUCAACUAUCCUUAUAUGGCGGCGAUUUUAACAGCUAAUAGCAUUAUGCCAUCUAUCGUUGGGUUACUUAAUUCAGCGAUGGGACCAUUCUUCUCGAGUGAACAAGACCCAUUUUUAAAAGUGAGAGUAAACCAAUUACUUUUCGAUGGAGUUUAUCUCAAUUGCAGUAGAAAUAGUUCAGCUUUGGCCCUGAUUUGUGGAAAGUUGAAAGCAGAUAAGCCUCCUACGAUGCGACUGGCAGAAGAUAGAAGUGGAUUUUAUUUCUCCAUGUUUGCUCAUAUGAACAAUACAGACAUUGGACCUUUCGAAAUGAAUCGUGGCGUGGAGGACGUCCGACAGCUGGGUCAUAUUACGUCCUUCCAAGAUAUGACAGUCAUGAAUCAAUGGGGUGAUCCCUACUGUGGGAUGAUAAACGGUUCAGAUGCCACAAUAUUCCCGCCGAUUGAUGAGAAAAAUGUCCCCAAUAGAUUGUAUAUAUACGAACCAGAAAUUUGCAGGUCAAUAUUUGCAAGUCUGGUGGAUCAACGUGUUAUGUUCAACAUGACUACGUACUACUAUGAAGUAGAUAAAAUGGCGCUUGCUUCAAAGAGUGCCAACCCUGACAACAAAUGCUUUUGUGACAAGAACUGGAGUAGUAACCACGACGGCUGUCUAAUGAUGGGAAUAAUAAAUCUAAAGCCAUGCAAGAAUGCUCCGGUCAUCGGGUCCUUUCCUCACUUCCACCUAGCCUCCGAGGAACUCUUAAAUUACUUCGCGGGUGGAAUCAAACCUGACCCAGAGAAACACAACAGUUUUGUCUAUCUCGAACCGACAACCGGCGUGGUACUUAAGGGUUUCCAGAGGCUGCAGUUCAAUAUAGAGUUGCGCCAAAUUCCGAUGAUUCCACAGCUGGAGAAUGUUACGAGUGGGCUUUUCCCUUUAAUGUGGGUAGAAGAGGGUGCAACUAUACCAGACGACCUAUUAGAAGAGCUACAAGACUCGCGUAGAUUGCUCGACUACGUAGAAACUGCGCGUUGGAUGUUGCUUGUAAUUGCAACCUUCAGCUGUAUUUUCGCCGCAGUCUGCGUCGUGCGCUCAACCGGCGCACACGUCUGGCCGAGAAGAAGCGAUUUUCACUUACGCCCGGGGAAUACUAUUGUUGUUAAUAAAAGUCGUUAGGAUAUGGUGGUUUUAAUGAUAUUGGUUGUUAGGUAUUUUGGUCCCAUGAUCCAUGAAUGAUUCGGUAUUACGGGGCUACUACGGUAAAUAUAGGUAUAAUAAUUCGGACAUCAAAACAUUGCAACAUUUACCUCAACGAUAGUACGACUCCCAUCACUUUGAUGAAUGAAUUUUCAUUAUUUAAUUAUGAAAAAUAAACGAUAUCAUUUUCAUUAUAAAUGAAUAGAUAUUUGUUUAAUCUCAGACCUUAUUCGUAGCAGCAAUCCGUAGCUGUGGAAUAGAUUAGGUUAUACUUUCAUUUCUGUGAUUAUUUUUCAUUGUGAUAAGUGUUAAUAAUUAUAAAUUAUAUUAAAUC